CACUUUGCAAAGUUUGCCUUGCAACCCCCCAAAAAGGUCUUGGGGGGUACUGUACAGUUUUUUGCAGUGUUUUCUGUCUCUGUUGUAUCGACAAGUAUUUGACCAACAGCACCCGCUCUCGUAGAUCAAGGGUAUGCUUGGAUCCGGGUGGGAGAAGCAAAGACCAACGCUGCAAGAGAGCGGGCUGGAGCCAUUUGGUGCAAGACAGCUAUCAACACAGCUAUCAACAGUGGGAUCUCUUUCUUCCAUGUGGCCAUUGAUGGUUUUGCUCGCUUACCCCACACAUCUACGUCGGUCUCAAGUUCCAUAGAUGGCCUUUCUUGUCUUGACAGGGUUGAUUUCUAGAGGCGAUAUCCCCCCCGGUCCUGAGCUACCUAUCGGUCAAUGCAUCUCUCUAUUCUUCCCAAAAAGGACAAUCACAAUCAUGCUCCAUGAUUUCUCCGCUCCCGCUCAUCUCCGCUCAUGCUCGCCAGGAUCCGUCGGUUUGCGACGCCCUCCGCUCAUCGCUCUCUCUCGUGGCCGAGCGAGUGGCGCUCAUCAUGACCCUCAUCCACACCACACGCACCGGCACCAUGGUCACGAGGAGGAUGGACAUCGAUCGGUCCGAGGCCACGCUCAUAGUGAACAUCAUGGACCGCGACAUGGACAUUCUCACAGCCAUGGACAUGGGCAUAGUCACAGUCAUGGGGAAGGGCACGACCCUCACGUCCAUCUGCUUGGGGGCUGCCAUGACCAAAGCCAUGCGGUGGACCUCGCCGAGAUGAAAGGGGAAGCGAUGAGGGUGACGCUGCUGGGCUUGGGCUGCAACCUCUUCUUGGGAGGUCUGCAGUUAAUCUCCGGCAGCUACUGUCAUUCUGCAGCAUUGACCAGCGAUGCGUGGCACACCCUGACGGACUCCUUCGCAGACCUCAUCACCUUAGGCGUGGUGCAGUUGACGCUGCGUCCGCCCGGGCCCAGCUUCCCCUUCGGGCGCGGGAAGAUGGACUCGCUGGCGGCCUUAGGCGUCAGCGGUAUCAUGGCGACGACGGGCGUGUCCACGAUGCGCUUCUCCGGCGAGACCUUGGCGGAGGCUUUGGCGCUGGGCAUGGAGGAGAUGGGCAACGACCAUGGCGGACACAGCCAUUCACAUGGGCACCUGCAUAGCCAUGGUGCAGACAGUCUCUUCGAGGAUGGGCGAGUGAACCAGAUCGCGGUGGGCGCAUGCUUGCUGACCAUUGCCAGCAAGGAGGGCCUCUACCGUAUCACUCGAAGAGCAGCAGAGCGGCUGAAUUCCUCCGUCUUGUUGGCCAACGCUUGGCAUCAUCGUUCCGAUGCCAUGAGCUCCGGCAUGGUCCUCAUCGGCGUGCUGUGUCGGGUCUUUGUGCAUAGCGCCUUCGACCCAAUGGCCGGCGCAGUGAUGUCCUCCAUCAUCCUGAGGAUCAGUUGGGGAAUAGGGCGCCGGGCCAUCGCCGAGCUGCUGGACAUGCAGCUCCCACCCACGGACCUGACGCUUUUCAAGGAUUCCCUGAAAGAUGCUCUGCAGAAGGCCGCUCCGCGGCUGCAGCUGGCGAGCUUACAUGGCCGCCGAGCGGGGCCGGAGGUGCAUCUGGUGGCUGCCUUGACUCCGGCAUCUCAAGGGGCCGUUUCGGCCUUGACGGCAGCGGAGCUCAUGCAAUUAGAUAAGUCUCUCUUGAGCGAACUGCACCUAGGAGGCCACCGCACGGUUCGGAGCCUGCGCCUCGAGUUUCGCGACGUCUGACGUUCCGACGUUCCAACGGUGAAAA